AAUUGCCCCCAGGAGCAGACACUCGCAGGCAAGCAGGGGAGCUGGGGCAGGCACAGCUUCCACUGGGGGACAUGCUUGGCAGGCACAGGAAACUGACUCUGGGGUCCCUGAGCAGUGGAGGAGCAGGACAUUCUGACGACUGCGUGCUGGUCAGCGGUACCGCCGUGUAUAGGAGACUCAUGGAUUCGAGUUUGGACACCAGCAGCCUUGCGUUUCCCGGAUAUAGCCAUGAAAAGGAGGUCAAGGAGAAAGUGAUACGUGGGCGCCUUCAGAAGUCGGUGUCAGAAGAUUCUGGAGUGGAAUUGCCACCGCAUUCACCUUUUGGAUCUGAGAGCAGUUACAGCAAUGAGGAGGCAGAGAGCCUGGAGAUGACCUAUCCAGAGGAGCCAGAAGUUCUCAAAACAUCCGUUCCCGAGGAGCCCAGCAUCUUUAGAGAUUCCUCUUCUGAGGAGACAGACAUUCUGGAAGUAAUUGCCUCUCUCAAAUCUGAGAGUGUUAACGAACACAGUUAUGGAGCGGUGGCUCGUGAGAGGGACAUCGAAAAGUCGGUUUUGCCGCAUAAGCUGGAACAAGCGGUGCUCCGGAGCAAAAGGCAGAGAUACUCUCCUCGAGAUCGCGUGCAGAACAGGCCAGCCCGGAAUAACCCGUGUACGUUAAAGUGCCAGCAGAGGGGCAAAUCGCUUUCUCACUGCACAAGAAGCCCUCCUCUUUCUCAUCCACAAAAUGAGGAGCCAGAUCCGUUGCUUUUGCCCGGAGAGGGUCUCCAAUACCUGGAGGAUCUGUGUCUAAUGUUGGAGCAGGUAGCGGAGUUGCAGCAAAGGAAUCAGAGGCUUCAGCAAGAAAAGAGACAAGCAGAGAGGAGACUGCGCAGCAGAGCAGCUUUUGUCGAUUCCUACCAAUGUGUGAGCUCCCGUCCCAGCAAAGUUUUGCAAAACGAUACCACCGAUGGAAAUCUUCCCAAUGCUAGACCCUGGGAAUCGCACGAUUAUAGAAAAAGAGCAAGCUCCUACACGGGGAUACUCAAUAGCUUGCCUCAACAGCCAGACAAUCGUCUGAAGAAGACCGACAAAGUAGAGCCUCGUUUUGUAAGCGUCCCGAACCUUCAGGAUAGCCGCACUCUGUCCAGGAGUCGUAACUACAAGGGUGAAGCUUCACAGUGGGAAAAGGUGAAGGACCUUCUCUCCAAAUUGACACGGAAAGCGUCUGGAUCAACAUCCGGUCCUAGAGUGACAGGAACCAUCAGUAACUGCAGGUCUCAGUCACUUCUUGAAGGCUCCUCUCAUGCUCCUCGGAGGCUGUUCCUGCCCAAUCUGGUCAUUAGACCGUCACGUAACCAGGGCCGGCACCGCGUGUGAGAUGUGAAAGGAUCGCACUCCGGAUGAAGUUGUAUUGAAGCGACAGAGGAUUAAUACCCUGUCGAGGAAGAAAAA